AUGACCCCUGGGCUGAAGGGACCCUCUGGACUCCGCCCCCAGGAGCCUCUCCCAGUGAUCAUCAUUGGUAACGGUCCCUCUGGAAUCUGCCUGUCCUACUUCCUGUCUGGUUACAGGCCCUAUGUGAAAGAGGGGGCGGCCCACCCCAACCCCAUCCUACACAGGAAACUUCAGGACAUUUUGGGCCAGUCGCUCCUGGAACAGGACCUGGAGUACCUGUCGGAAGGUGUGGACGGACGUACCUCUAGCCCCCUGGGUCUGCUCUUCGAUGCUCUCAUCCGGCCAGAGGGGGACGUGGGCGGGGCGGCUGAGUCGCUGCUCACCUGGCGCAUGGAACCAGAGCAGCGCGUGCCACACCUGGUGCUGGGCAAGGGCCCACCUGGAGGAGCCUGGCAGUCGAUGGAGGGAUCGAUGGUCACCCUGAGUCUCGGGGACUGGAUGGAGAUGCCAGACCUGUCUUUCAGAGACUGGAUGACGAGGCGGGGAAGGCACCUGCGGAAUAACAGGGCAACGACCCGGGACAUCGCUCAGUAUUACCAGCACUACGUGGAGGCAAAGGGCCUGAAGGAGCACUUCCGCAGUGGGGCCCGGGUAACCUCUGUGAGGCCACUCACGCCGAGCAUGCUGGGAGGAGAGGGUCUUUCGGUGGAGCCGCACACGCUGUACCAGGUACAGGGCGUUCGGGAGGACAAGGAGGGCGAGGGAGGGGCGUUCUGCCUUUAUGCCCGGAACGUGGUUUUGGCCACAGGGACGUAUGACUGCCCGAGCAGGCUGGGGGUGGGGGGCGAGGACCUGCCCUAUGUGUUCCACACCGUCGCAGACCUGGAGCGGGCGAUUCGGGCGGGGCGGCUCCGCCCAGACUCGCACCCCCUGCUGGUGGUGGGGGCAGGCCUGACGGCGGCCGAUGCCGUCCUAUUGGCCCACGGCAGAGGCGUGCCCCUCCUCCACGCCUUCCGCCGUGAUGUGCGGGACUCCGCCCUCGUCUUCAACCAGCUGCCCGAGCUCAUGUUCCCCGAAUACCACAAGGUGCACGACAUGAUGCGCUCGCAGGCGCUGACCAGCGGGGGGCGCUACGCCGGCUACACCAGCCUGCCGCAGCACCGCGUGCUCGGCUUCUCUCCCAACGGGAAGUGCAUCCUGCAGGAGGUGGGGGGCGGGGAAAGGAAGAGGCGGGUCUUCCAAGUCUCCAUGGCGCUGGUCCUGAUAGGCUCCAAUCCCAACCUGUCGUUCCUGCCCGACGAGGGGCGUGGCCUGGCGCUGGACCCUCUGCAGCCUGUCAGCGCCAAGCGGAACCCGCUGGACACCGACCCCUUCACGUACGAGGUCACCCAGCAGCCUGGCCUGUAUGCCCUGGGGCCCCUGGCGGGCGACGGCUUUGUCAGGUUCCUGCAGGGUGGGGCACUGGGCGUGGCUGCCUCCCUGAUGAGGAAAAGGGGCUCGGCUGUGACCGUGUAA